GUUUAACCUGUUUUAUACAGUCUGUGGUUUAACCCAUGAAGGCUGUUUAAUGUGACGUCACAGACACAAAGCCAUCUAUAGCAGCUCAUUCUCAGUGCAAUCAGCUUAUAGUCAGCAAAGCGGCGGCACAAAACCACCACAAAGUGACAAAAAAUGAAUGUGGAACAUGAAGUUACACUGCUCGUUGAUGAGAUUCGUCGAUUGGGCAGUAAAAAUGCAGAUGGGAAGAUCAGCGUCAAAUUUGGAGUCCUGUUUAAUGAUGACCAGUGCGCCAACCUCUUUGAAGCUCUGGUUGGGACACUGAAAGCGGCCAAGCGAAAGAAGGUCAUCGCAUUCGAAGGCGAGCUCUUACUGCAAGGAGUUCAUGACAACGUUGAUGUCAUAUUACUGCAGGACUGAAUUUAACAGUCUUCUCUAAACUCAAGUAAAAAGUGCAGAUGUGUUUUAGACAUGUCAUUGCUAUAUUUUGAUAUGGAAAUAUACUUGAGAAUGCAAAAUUUUUGUAUACUGGAUUGGAAUAUUUUUUUAUACAGCAGGGGAGUGAUCUGCACAAAGUUUUUGAAAUGUAGCAGUCUUCCCUGUUCAAAGACCUCAACAGCCAUAUCAUUAAAAUAGCAUAAGAGUUAUAGUGUGCAUGAUCAUGUUACUGGUUUUCUGGGAUUGAAUUAAUUCAUCAAACAUUUUCAACCUAUUUGAAAUGAGUAUCCAUGCAGGUUAAUAUCAGUUUUACAGAUUAUACCUCUGAUGUCUUAUUCUGACUGUAUUGAUUGUAGAAUGAAUAAUUGCUGUUUACAGUAAUCAUGAGGUUGUUUCUUUGCAGUACCAUUACUGUGACAUUGAAGUUAUAUGUGCCAUUAAAUCUCAAAUGCUGAGAAACAUAAAUAGUAAAUAGCAUUUAUCUGCUGUAUGAUUUUCUGGAAUUAAAUGUUUAAAAAAACAACCAAGUUCAACAAAUCAUCAACUGUUCAGUGUGAUAUUGUUUUAUAAAGCUCUUGCAAAAACA